AUGGCGACCAAACAUACUCCAGUGCCAAAUGGCAUGACAUCAUUCUGGAGAACAGAGCCACACCCACUGGAUAACCACCGAUCUACGGAUUUCCUCCCGGAGGAGUCUGAUAUUGUAAUUGUCGGGGCUGGAUAUGCAGGAUCCUCAGUUGCGCAUCAUAUUCUCGCCCAGACUCCUGAUGGUGCCAAGCCUCCUUCAAUCCUCAUUCUAGAGGCGCGACAGGCUUGUUCUGGUGCUACGGGUCGCAAUGGGGGCCACAUGAAGCCGGAUGUUUAUAACGGUAUCGCCGGCUUAGCAGCUGAAUACGGCGUCGACGCUGCCGCUGAAGUCGCAGCAUUUGAGGCCAAACAUGUUUCUUUUCUCAAGGAAUUUAUCGACAAAGAGAAGAUCGACUGUGAUUAUUCUGUCACAAAAGCAAUUGAUGUUCAAUUGAGUGCGGAUCAUACUAAAAUUCUCAAGAUUGGGUACGACAAAUUGAUCAAGGAGGGAUGUGCUCCAACGACCACCGCAAAGUUCAUCGAUGCCAACGAGGCAGAAACGUUCUCUGGUGUGAAAGGGGCCAAGGGAUGUUUCACAUACGACGCAGGCCACAUAUGGCCUUACAAAUUCGUGUUGCAUCUCCUGGAAAAGGCGACUGCGCGCGGGGUUAAUUUACAGACACAUACUCCAGUAAAAGAGAUUAUCGAGUCCAAAUGUACAGGCUCAAGUCAUCGCUGGUCAGUGAAGACUGCCCGAGGCUCUAUUGCAGCCAAAACUGUCAUUCUGGCCACCAACGCAUACACCUCCGCCCUAGCUCCCGAAUACCAGGAUAAAAUCAUCCCAGUACGAGGAACUUGCAGUCGAAUCAUUGUUCCGCCGGGUACAGUGGCUCCUCGACUAACGAAGACUUAUACGCUUCGCUGGAACAACUGGAAUUACGACUAUCUUAUUCCUCGUGUCGAUGGUAGCAUUGUCGUUGGAGGAGCUAGACCGGCUUUCAUUGAUGAUUUGGAUAGCUGGUAUAAUGUCAGUGAUGAUAGUCGAGUGCUUGAACCAGCUGUCCGCUAUUGGGACAACUAUAUGCAACGCAAUUUUAUUGGCUGGGAGGAUAGUCAUGCUUACCUUGACCGAGUAUGGACUGGAAUCAUGGGCUACUCGUCCGAUGGCCUACCGCAUGUUGGGCCUGUCCCCAAACAGAAAGAUAAGUACAUCAUUGCUGGUUUCACUGGGCAUGGGAUGCCUCAGAUCUUCCUUGCAGCUGAGGGCGUGGCAAAGAUGGUACUCAAUGAUGUUGGAUAUGAACAAACCGGUCUACCCAAGCUGUUUGAAUCUACUUCAGCGCGGUUAGCCAGCCGGAAGAACAAGAUCUUCGCUAGUACGCCUGGAGGUGGGAAGCCGGAGGCUCGUUUGUAG